AUGGAUCCUACUAGUCCCAAACACAACCGCAACAUUUCCAGAUCAUCACGGCCCCGUAGCUCUACCAAAGGCCCACUAGAUGAUCCGAAUGAUCCACUGAAUGCAGAGGGUGCACUUCAGUCCCAGAAUACAGCAGACGCUGUUAGCUACACUGGGGCUUCAUUCGCUGAAUUAGAUCCAUUAGCACCGGAUGACUUACCACAAACUUUGGGAAAAGAUCUUUCGUUCCUUCUCCGGUACGAUAUUUAUCAUUCGCUCUCUCAGGUUGACAUUCCGCAUACUUUGCGGUCUGAGUUCAUUGGCCUCACAUCCGAAGAGUCCCUGCCUUCAUGUCUCAGCACGCUUGAGAGGCUGCUGGCUGAAGGGCACUUCCUGCUUGCAGCCUAUCUUUCGGGAACGAUCUUGACUUCCUCUUUAAUUUCGAACAGUGACAUAAAGAUGAUUUUCUCGCUUUUCUACACACGAUUAGCAUGUCUGGAACUGUCUGGAAAUACCAUCAUUGCGGCACAAGAAUCAAAAGCGCUAGAGGACCUGAGCUCCACCUUCUACUAUGUAGACCAGGCUUCCGCGACGUCCGAUGUAGAAAACGAAGAGAGCCACACAAAUUACCCUCGUCAUAUUGUGCCGUGGCCGCUACGUGUUCUCGCUGUCAGGCUCCAGAGCAUUGGGUUUGGUGAUUCACGCAGGGGCAUUGGUGGUCUAUAUGAGAUUGGACUAGAAGCGCGGAGAGAGAUCAUGCGGCCAGACCUGAGUUCGGCGGAACGAAGUAUAUGGAAGGAGAGACUCGCCGACCUUGGAAUUCGAAGUGUAAAUGCAUUGAUUGAGAUGGGUGAUCUCAGUACUGCCAGAAGGUCUCUGCACAAUUUGCAAAUAUCAGGGCCAGAUGAAACCAACAAGCUGAGAAAGGCGCUCCUUUUCCUUCUGAUUGGCGAUAUCGAUGCAGCGAAGCAACUUUCUGGUGAAUCAGACGAAGCCGGAAUAUCUAUAUCCAAGCCACUUCUGAGCAUGGCUGAGGGCCGCUACGAUGAUGCAGUAACAGAAUGGCAAGCCCUUUUAGAGGGCGGUUCAAAGGGGACCGAUACGGCCAUAUUAUCCCAAAACAUGGCAGUAUGCCUACUGUACACGGGCCGGUUAAAUGAGGCCCGUCAAAUUCUGGAGUCAUUGGUGCAUGGAGGACAGUCUUUUGGCGGUCUUAUCUUUAACCUGUCAACAGUCUACGAGCUCUGUUCAGACAAAUCCGGGCAGUUGAAGGCCGGACUUGUAGACCUUGUUGCCAAGGAACCUGCCACAGGACACACCAACUUGGAUCGAUCCAAUGCAGAUUUCAAACUGUGA